GAUUUCUCAAGAUGUCGCUGGCUAAUUCGGUGUCGGUGGGGAAUCGGCUGCCACUAAUUCAUUUUCUGUGGUAGAUCUGGGCUGCGGGAAGGGAGUUGCAACGUUUGUGCCGUUCGGAGGCUGCCGGCCGCUGUUGUUUAGCCGGGAUUGGGAGUUUCUGCGGAGCUGUGCAAGCUAAAACAUGACCUUUCUGAAACGAAGAAAGGUUGCUAAAGGCAUUGAAGAACGUCCAACACAGCAAGAGGAUGAGCAGCUCAAAGAAAAGUCCGCAGAUGGUCCAGGAGCAAUAAAGCACGUAACCUUCUUAAUUGGUGGAUUUAUGGGACUUUUCUUAGGACUUCUCACCUCAGUGUAUGUUGCAACUUUGCACGAAAACGAUCUGUGGUUUUCAGCUAUCCAGGAGGUUGAACAAGAAAUCUCCUUCAGGACAGAAUGUGGCCUGUACUAUUCAUAUUACAAGCAGAUGCUGCAGGCCCCUACCAUAAACCAAGGAAUUAAGGAGCUCUUGUAUGACAAUAAAACUGAAUCAAGGAGAACAAUAAACCUCCUCAAGAGGAUGAACAUUUACCAGGAAGUUGUCCUAAGCAUUUUGUACAGAGUUUUAUCUCUUCAGAAUUACUUGGCACCAGUUUUCUUCUACCUAUAUACAGUAUUUGGACUCCAGGCUCUCUAUGUUAUUUCGCUAUAUGUUACUAGUUGGUUAUUAAGUGGUACCUGGAUAUCAGGGGCACUAGGAGCUGUUUGGUACAUUCUAAACAGAGUAGAUACAACAAGAGUGGAGUUCACCAUUCCUUUGAGGGAGAAUUGGUCACUUCCAUUUUUUGCAUUGCAAAUAAUGGCAAUUACAUAUUACCUCAGACCACAGCUUAAACCGCUUCAGCAACGGCUGUCACUCACUUUGAUCAUGGCUUCAACAUUUCUUUUCUGCGUUACCUGGCAGUUUAACCAGUUUAUCUUAUUAAUUCAAGCUGUGGCUCUCUUUUCAUUGGAUUGCUUGGAUAUGGUGCCAGCAUCUAAGGUUACAUCACUACACCUCAUACAUGUUGUUUCUUUGCUUCUGGUCUGGAUCCUACAAUUUAACAAUUCUAUGCUUCUGGGGUCACUGGUUCUGAGUUUCAUCCUGGCUGCUUUAGUAGUACAGUACUUUCAGAGGAAUUUAAAAUCUGGCAUGUUUGCUGCAAGAGUUGUGAAACUACUACUGCAUCUAAUUUUUGUAUUCAGCUUAACAGUCCUAACAAAUAAUAUCAUCAAGAAAAUUUUAGGACUAGAAUCCGAUGAACAUAUUUUUAAAUUCCUUAAAGCAAAGUUUGGAUUUGGGGCAACGAGGGAUUUUGAUGCUAAGUUAUACCUAUGUGAAGAAGCCUUUGGCCUCCUGCCCCAUGAUACCUUCCAAAGACUUCUGCACACGUUGAUUUUGCCUUCAUAUCUUUUAGUUUUGGUUAUUACAAUGAUCAUCGCUGUAAUUGUUGCUAUUCGGAAUCUCAGCUGCAGUAGCUGUUCCAAUCUAUUCCAGAAUUCGACCGUUAAAGAAGAGAACGUGAUUCUGCUGAGACCAGACAUGGCCUACAAUCUAAUACACAAUGUGUUAUUUGGUUUGCUGGCUUUGAGUACAAUGAGAAUGAAAUAUCUGUGGACAUCCCAUAUGUGUAUUUUUACAUCAGCAGCAAUUUGCAGCAAUCAUUUUUGGAAUCUAAUUCUCAAAGCAAUUCGGCUUUAUUCUCCUCAGUGGGUCCGUGUGAUGAGGUUUGCCGUUCCUAUAUUAAUCUGUAUUUAUCUUUAUCAAGAGUUCUGGCCAAAGAUGAUGGCUGAACUGUCAGAUUUAAGGGAAUUUUAUGAUCCUGAUAGUGAAUUAAUGAAUUGGAUCAAGUUAAAAACUUCUAAAGAUGCAGUGUUUGCUGGUAUGCAAUUACUGGCAGGAGUCAAGCUGUGUAGAAGGACUAUAACCAAUCACCCUCAUUAUGAAGAUAAAAAAUUAAGGGAUAGAACAAAACAGAUCUAUCAGAUUUAUUCCAAACGUUCUCCUGAAGAGGUAUACAGUAUCCUGCGAUUGUAUGGAACAAACUACAUUGUCCUCGAGGACAGUAUCUGUUAUGAAAGAAGACACAGCAGAGGCUGUCGUUUGAGAGACUUGCUUGAUAUAGCAAAUGGUCAUGUGAUGGAUGGUCCUGGAGCAAAUGAUCCAGACUUGAAGACUUCUCCUUAUCCACGUUUUUGUGAUGAAAUCAAAUCUAAUGCAGCUCCUUAUUCUUCCUAUUUUACUCGUGUGUUUAAAAACAAAACUUUUCAUGUCUACAAGCUAAAGAAAAAGAAGGAGAAACCUAAUUAGAAGUAAAAUUUUGUAACUUUUCAAUAUUACAUUGCAGAUGAUAAAUAUUGGCUUUAACAAUAGAAAAUACAAGCCAAAUUUAUGUAAAAAUCUAGUCUUGUAUCUGAGAUUGAAAGCUCUGUUCCUUCUGAGAGCUGUGGUUAAUGCUCAUUUAUUUCUUUUUCAGUACAAAAUGUCCAAUAUCAGUUAAAUCUUUUGCUUGUUCAUGCACUGUGCUUUUCUGUUGCAUUUAUUUAUAUUUUACUUGCUAUGUUGGAACAAGAAUAUUACUUAAACACAGUUUCUCAUUCGUAUUAUAUUCCAUAAACUUAUUGUUAUUUAUUUGCUAGGCACUGUUGCAUAAUUUCUGUUAAUCGUAUGUUUAUUUUGCAUCACUUUCAUGAAAAUUGUGGCAGCAUUUAUUUGAAUUCUUAAAUAUUCUUUACAGUAUUAAUUUUUAAUAGCUUUUAACUGCACAAUCAUACACUUGUAUCACGUAGAUUUUUUAAUACAUUACUUUUUAUUCAUGUAGAUGAAACUGGGGUUUUAGUUACUGACAAUGAUUAGCAGAUUAUUGAUAGUGUAAAUUAUAAAUAACAAUGUACUUAGUGCCAAAUUAGAUGAUUAGAUUUGUUGGAUGCCAUAAAGAAAUUUUAUUAUAGUACUGUUCCACAGUUAUAGAUAUUUUAAGUAUUUUAAAGUUAUUGAAUUGAUUGAGCAUUCACACUGAUAACUGGGUGAAAUCAAGCUGAAGAGCUUUGCCUCAUAGCAGUUAACAGGAAAGAUUCUAUGCAUUGCUUACAUUCUGAAAUGAUCACCAUAGGUUAUACGGUGAAAACAAAACUAAGCACUAUGUUUUUAUUUAGGCUGAAUGUAAAAUUGUACAAUAUUUUCUGUAAUGAAAUUUUGUAAUACAGUAAUUGUAGUCUUUGCAUGAUGAAGGUUAUCGCAUGCAGGUCAACUGAAUUGUCACGGCAACUAAGAAUAACAUUACAAAAUGUGGGUGCCUAAUGUGUUUGAUGUUCUGGAGGAUACCAGAUCAAUUUCUUCAUUUUUUUUUUGACAGCUGCCUUCUGCCAUCCCUUCUAAAUAAUCAUUUAACCUCUGGUCCAAUCGUAACAGCGGAGUAGCCUACAGUCUUAUAUUGUUGAUGUUGUAUCUGUGUUCAAAUAAGGGGCAUACUGAAGGAUAACAGGGAUUUUUUUUUCUCUACACUUUUUUUCUAAAGUUACAGAUAUUAUGUCACACAAUUACUUAGGUUAUUCUAUUGGUUCUUAGCUCUUUGUAUGGAAAAUAUUUACAAUUAAUUGUUUUUAAUAAAAUUAUUAAUAAGAGAACCAAUUGAGUUUCAGUGCCAAUAUUUGAAUUUAACAAUGCCAUUACAAUCACCUGCAGAAUACUGUAUUGUUGCUUUCUUUAAUCACUUUGUAUAGCAAAUGUAAAUUUUGAAAUAGAAAUUCUGAAUUUUGUGAUUUCAAACCACAACAUUGUUUGGC